GCCCCCCCUGCCUUCCCUGGGUGGGUGGGCUCUCUUCCUGGCCUGGGAAGGCACCUGCUGCCAGCCUCCCUUUUGACCUGAGGGCUUAUCUUGGUCUACUCCCCCCACCCACCCACCUUCAGGAGGGGCUGGGAACGGUCUGGAAGCUGCCAGUCCACUCUUGACCUUCAGUCCCUCCCGGCCUUUACACUCGCAAGCACCUUCUGAAGCCGAGGGGAGGGGGGAGGGGGGAGUGGCUUGGCCAGGCGGCUUUCGCACUCGGGUCCUGGGCUGAUGUAUUAACGGCAGAGGGGAAUCUCUGCUGGUCCCGGCUGAGCUGGGCUGUCCUGGGCGCCCUCCCAGCUGGGCUGUCGUCCUGACCCAACCAGGGAAGCUCCUCAGAGCGGCAGGGACUCCUCCGGGCGGUUAAACCCAUGAAACCCAGAAUCCAUCGUCAUUUGCUGGAGUCGGAAGGGGUGAAAACUUUGGUGGCGUCUUGAUGGCACUUAAAAUUCCCGGGAAUCGGCUCCAGGGAAGAUUGCAGCUGCGUCCAAUCCUCCUGCGGGAAGAGGUCAGCCAGCUGCAGGAGGAGAUCCACUUGCUGCGCCAAAUGAAGGACAUGCUGACCAAGGACCUGGAGGAGACGCACGGGGGGGACAAGGCCUCCGAGAUCCUCCCGGCCACCGAGCUCAAGGUCCAGCUGGCCCAGAAGGAGCAGGAGCUGGCCAGGGCCAAGGAAGCCCUGCAGGCCAUGAAGGCCGACCGGAAGCGCCUGAAGGGGGAGAAGAGCGACCUGGCCAGCCAGAUGCAGCAGCUCUACAGCACCCUGGAGAGCCGCGAGGAGCAGCUGAGGGACUUUAUCCGCAACUACGAGCAGCACCGGAAGGAGAGUGAGGACGCAGUGAAGGCCCUGGCCAAAGAGAAAGACCUGCUGGAGCGGGAGAAGUGGGAGCUGAGGCGGCAGGCCAAGGAGGCCACCGACCACGCCAGCGCCCUCCGCUCGCAGCUGGACCUGAAGGACAACCGCAUGAAGGAGCUGGAGGCCGAGCUGGCCAUGGCCAAGCAAUCCUUAGCCACCCUGACCAAGGACGUCCCCAAGCGGCACUCGCUGGCCAUGCCUGGCGAGACGGUGCUGAACGGGAACCAGGAGUGGGUGAUGCAGGCCGACCUGCCCCUCACGGCCGCCAUCCGGCAGAGCCAGCAGACGCUCUACCACGGCCACCCCCAGCACACGGUGGACCGGCAAGGGGUCCGAGUCAGCCCGUGCCACUCCCGGCAGCCUUCCAUCAUCUCCGACGCUUCGGCGGCCGAAGGGGACCGGUCCUCCACGCCGAGCGACAUCAACUCUCCUCGGCACAGAACACAUUCCCUCUGCAAUGGAGAUAGUCCUGGACCGGUACAGAAAAAUCUGCACAACCCAAUUGUCCAGUCUCUAGAGGACCUGGAGGACCAGAAGCGCAAGAAGAAGAAGGAGAAGAUGGGCUUCGGCUCCAUCUCGCGGGUCUUCGCCCGAGGGAAGCAGCGCAAGUCCCUGGACCCCGGGGUCUUCGACGGGGCGGCCCCCGACUACUACAUAGAGGAAGACGCAGACUGGUGACGGGCCGCCCCCCCCUCCCGCUCCCGGUGCGCGUGUGAGUGCGUGUCGGGGGGGUGAGCCUCCAGUUGCGCCAAGGCCCCGAACCCGGCUGCUCCCGCGUGGCCCUCCUGUGACCCCCCCCCUGUACAUAGCCCCCCCUCCCCACACUCCCGUGUACGAAGCCCUUAACUGUCGUCUGUUGAGCGAUGCUGCCCGUGUUGUGUAGCCCCCCCCUGGUCCUCCUGGGGGGGGUCUGGUUGAUUUUGUUCUUCCUCCUCCUCCUCCUCCUCCUCCUCCUCCCCCCAACAGCCUUUGCUUUCUAUUCUCUGCCCUUUCUUGUCCCCCUCCCCACUUUCCUUUCUACAAAACUUGAAAAACUUGAAGGACUGAUGCGCAUUUGUAAAUAGCCGCCACCACCAAGGUGCACUUUGUGCUUUGUAAAUAUCCCCUCCCCCCCUGCACCUCCCCUCCCCCGUUCCCCAGGAACCUCUCUAUUCUUUUUGGGGGGGGCAGCUGUGGACACAUUGCCCUCAAUUGGGGGAUGGGAGGGGGCGCCUUUGGCAGCCUCCCAAAUUCCACGCCAGCUCCGGUUCAGAAAAGACCCCUUUGCCCAGCGAGCAUCUGGAGGGCACUAGCCCCCCCCCCCCGUGGCUCUGGGGCCCCUCCGUCCGGCUCUCUCACCUCCGGUGCCCCCUUGGCAGAGCCCAAGAGGGAAGGGCCCCCAACCGUGAUUUGCACCCGCCGCCUAGGGAGAGCUGUGUCCUUCCCGCUUCUUCCUUCUCCCUGCUGAGGGGGGCCUUGGGGCAUCCGUGGGGCUGCCUGGGUCCUCGGGGUCUGCCUUUCAUUCCCCCCCCCCGCAAAAAAAACUCCUUCUGAAUACCUGCCCGCUUUCCUCCCCCUCCCUGGCUUCUCUUCUCCAUCAUUCAGACAUCCUUUCCCUCUUUCAGCUCUUGGGGCUCCCUCCGUGGCCGGAGGGCAGAGCCGGUUGGGCUCUUGGCAGUCACUUCUGGGCUCUCUGUGCCAUGCAAACUGCCCCCUUGUGCCAGUCCAGGUGCAGCUCUGGCACACUCCUGGGGAAGAAGCCACCUGGAGCUCAGGAGAGAUUUCCUGACCGUGAGAACAAAGAACCAGUGGGAGGCUUUUAAGGAGAGAUUGGGCAGUCCUUUGUC